AUGAUUGAUAAUUGUAACAUUAAUCUAAAUAUUGAAUCUGUAUCAAAUUUAUCUAAAUUAUCAAAAUUGGCAAAUAAUAAAUCAUCUAUAUCUAAAAGUACUGACAAUAAUACAAACAACAACAAUAAUAAUAGUAGCACUGAUAAUAAUCAACUUCAAAACUUAAAGUGCACAUCUGAUGAUAUGCUUUCUUCAAUUCCUGACCUAAUUAAUGAUAACGAUGAUUAUGAAAAUCAAAUUGAUAUCAAUAACUCCAACAAUUACUCAAUUGAUAUCACAAAUAACAAUACACAAAUAAAUUAUGAUUCAGAUUAUUCCUUUAAUUUUGUAAAUUCCUCAUUAAACUCUUUUAAAAAUCAACUUUUUGAUACUAAUACUAAUUCUAUUACUACUACUUCUAAUAAUAAUAAUAAAAAUAUUAAUGUUAAUCUCAAUAUUACUCCAAACCCAAAAAACAUCAAUAACAAAAUUCAUAAACAUGUUAAUACCAGAAAUUUUAUUAACAAUCUAAUUAUUCAAAUUAUAUCCAAUUUGGUUUACGUUAAAUUCAAAACUGAUAAUACUCAAAGUCUUGAAUCUAAUAAAAAUGAAACUGAAAAUAUUAACAAAAACAACAAUAAUAUUAAUAAUACUACAUCGCAAAAUUUUCAUAUCUUUGUAUUAAAAAUCAUCAAAAGAUCAAAUUUAUCUUUAAAUCACUUAAUCUGCUCAACUUAUUUUCUAUUUAAAUAUAGAUCAAUUAUUAUUAAUAACAAUAAUAAUAUCUUGAAAAAUGAUAUUAAAAAAUUAUUUAUUGCAUCGCUAAUUUUUACAAACCUUCCAAUAAAUAAUAGUAAUAAUAAAUUAUCAAUUAAUAUUUGGGCUCAAUUAACUGGGUUGUCAUUAACUGAGUUACUAAAUUUAAAAAAACUAUUUAUUAAUUUAAUUACAAAUAAUAAUUCAAAGAUCAAUUCAAAUUUUUUAUUCAAAAUUAAUUUGAAAGAGUAUCAAUUUUUCAAAAACAAUUUGCUCAAUUUAACAAAAUUUUACAUCUCAAAUAAGAAAUAA